AUGCAGCUUAUUCCGAGAGAGCUCGAUAAGCUCACAAUUGCCCAUCUCGGAUUUCUGGCCCAACGCCGUCUAGCUAGAGGCGUGAGAUUGAACCAUGCAGAGGCGACGGCUCUGAUUGCGAGCGUGCUGCACGAGCUCAUCCGCGAUGGCCACUACUCCGUCGCCGAUCUCAUGUCCAUCGGAAAGACCAUGCUCGGUCGUCGACAUGUGCUUCCCUCCGUUGUCGCCACGCUCGUCGAACUUCAAGUCGAAGGCACCUUUCCGUCGGGCACCUAUUUGGUCACGGUGCACCAUCCCAUCAGUAGUGACGAAGGAGACCUCGAGCGUGCUCUGUAUGGCAGCUUUUUACCAGUUCCCCAUCGCGAGGCCUUUCCGGACCCGGACCCGGAAGACUUUAUGCCGGAGAAGAUGCCCGGCGCCGUGAUCCCGGCCAAACACGCGCGCAUUGUGUUGAAUGAUGGGCGGAGACGGAUUCGUCUGAAGGUGAUGAGUAAGGGAGAUCGACCCAUUCAGGUCGGGUCACAUUAUCACUUUAUCGAGACCAACCCGCAAUUACACUUCGACCGGGUGCGCUCCUAUGGCUUCCGUCUCGACAUCCCCGCCGGUACGUCGAUUCGCUUCGAGCCCGGGGACACCAAGACCGUGACCUUGGUCGAAAUCGCCGGUCACAAGAUCAUCCGUGGAGGCAACUGGCUCGCCAAUGGCCUCGUGGAUCUCAGUCGGGCCGAAGAGCUCACCACCAAGCUGCAGGCGGCGGGCUUUGCGCAUGUGCCGGAGCCCAUGGCGGACAGUGCGCUUAUCACCAGCUUCUCCAUGGAGCGUGAGGCGUACUCGCGCAUGUUUGGGCCUACCACGGGCGAUCUGGUGCGGCUCGGAUUGACCAACCUGUGGAUUCAAGUGGAAAAGGACAUGACCAGCUACGGAGAUGAAUGCGCCUUUGGCGGAGGCAAGACCCUGCGUGAAGGGAUGGGACAGGCCUCGGGACGAUCAGCGGCCGAGUGUGUGGACACGGUGAUCACGAACGCCUUGAUCAUCGACUAUACGGGUAUCUACAAGGCAGACAUUGGAAUCAAGAAUGGGAUGAUUGCGGGCAUCGGAAAGGCGGGAAAUCCCGACGUCAUGGAUGGAGUGCAUCCGGACUUGGUGAUUGGCGCGUCGACGGAUGUCAUUGCUGGGGAGAACAAGAUCGUCACGGCGGGCGGAUUCGAUACACAUAUCCAUCUCAUCUGUCCGCAGCAAGUGGAAGAGGCGCUUGCCUCGGGGGUGACCACUUUCCUGGGUGGUGGAACGGGGCCCAGUACGGGAUCGAACGCGACAACAUGUACCCCGGGGCCCAAUCACCUGAAAAAUAUGAUGCAGGCCUGCGACUCUCUGCCUAUCAAUCUCGGCAUCACCGGCAAAGGCAACGACUGCGGUACGAUCAGUAUUGAAGAGCAGAUCGAGGCUGGUGCCGCUGGUCUCAAGCUCCAUGAAGAUUGGGGAUCGACUCCAGCCGCCAUCGACAAUUGUCUGUCCGUCUGCGACAGAUAUGAUGUUCAAUGCAUGAUUCACACCGACACCCUCAACGAGUCUGGAUUUGUCGAGCAGACCAUCGAGGCGUUCAAGGGCCGAACCAUCCACACAUACCACACCGAAGGCGCCGGUGGUGGCCACGCCCCCGACAUCAUCUCCGUGGUGGAACAUCCCAACGUGCUCCCCAGCAGCACCAACCCGACCCGCCCCUUCACACUCAACACGCUCGACGAACAUCUCGACAUGCUGAUGGUCUGCCAUCACUUGUCAAAGAACAUCCCCGAAGACGUCGCCUUUGCCGAGAGUCGGAUCCGUGCGGAAACCAUCGCCGCAGAGGACGUUCUGCACGAUCUCGGCGCGAUUAGCAUGAUGUCUUCUGAUUCCCAGGCCAUGGGCCGGUGUGGAGAAGUCGUCCUGCGGACCUGGCACACGGCGCACAAGAACAAGAUGCAGCGGGGCAAGUUGGCGGAGGACGAGGGUACAGAUAAUGAUAAUUUCCGAGUGAAGCGGUAUAUCAGCAAGUAUACGAUCAACCCGGCGCUGGCGCAGGGCAUGGGUCAUCUGAUUGGAAGUGUCGAAGUGGGCAAAGUGGCCGAUUUGGUGUUGUGGAAACCGGCCACCUUUGGAACGAAACCGCUGCAGGUGUUGAAGAGUGGAAUGAUUGUCGUUGCAAAUAUGGGCGAUCCAAACGCAUCCAUUCCGACCAUCGAGCCGAUGAUCAUGCGGCCUAUGUACGGGGCCCUUUUACCAAGCACAUCGAUCAUGUUCGUCUCACAAGCCUCAAUCGACAACGGCGUUGUACAAAGCUACGGGUUACGCAAGCGCGUCGAAGCUGUCAAGGGCUGCCGAACCGUCAGUAAGAAAGACAUGAAAUUCAACGAUGCGAUGCCAAAAAUGAAGGUCGACCCGGAAAGCUAUACGGUCGAGGCUGAUGGGAUGCUGUGCGAUGCGGAACCCGCGUCCGAGUUACCCUUGACGCAGUCGUAUUUCAUCUUUUAA